AGCACUUAAACAUAAUGACUUUUCCUAAAUAACAUUAUUUGUGUUUUUUUCUCUAAUAUACACUUUUAGUCAUUAUUAAAGUAAAUGUUCGUCAUUACUAGACAUUAUCCCUCCUUCUGGACAUUAUUAAGUGCUAUUUUGAAAUAAAAUAAUUUAAGUACUAUUUAGAGAAAUGAGAUAAAUUUUAGUGUUAUUUAAUGCAAAUAUUUCAAAUAGAAAAGCAAGGAAGGUAGCGUUUCAUUUUCUACCAAUCCUCAACUACAAAUUAAAUUACGGAUUAUAUAUAUAUAUAUAUAUAUAUAUUGAGAGACUCAUACAAAGAAAGCCAGCACAAUUCAAGCUUUAUGGUCUUCUCAUCGAUCGGAAAUUAAAGAUGGCGUUUUUGGCGUUUGCAACAAUGAUAGUUCUUGCAAUUCUUGAAAUUCCGGCGGCGGCGAACCCGCUACUAUUCGAACACUCCUCCGGCAGGGAGGAGCUCGCGGCGAUAGGAGGCUACGGGGAGGAAAAGCUAUCUACUGUUAUAAUUUAUGGCACAGUUCUAUGCCACCCAUGUGGCGGCGGUCGUCAUCCCCAUCUGCUCCGCCUUAAACCUCAUCCCGUCUCAGGCGCUUGGGUGGUUGUUUCGUGCAAGACUGAUGAAAAGGAGAAGAAAUUAUUAGGAAGAAGAAGGUGGGGCGGCAUAGAAGAAGAGAAGAAGACAGACGAAAAUGGGGAAUUCCUCAUAGAUCUUCCUUCCCAUCUCCAUGCAAUUCCGGACAUGGAAAAGGCAUGCACCGUCUCCGUUGUCCGUCUCCCCAACGACUCCGCCUGCAACAACCAUCCAACCACCUUCACAAACACCCGACCGGCGGCGGCCGCCGCCAUCAAGUUGACCUCAAACAAGGAAGGCACCCGCUCUUACACAACCCAUAACAUAACUCUAUCUUGUCACGCCUUAGUAUUCACAUAAAUUGUAUGUUUGACUUAUUAAGGCAUCACAAGAGUUAUGAUGGAAAUGGGGAUGGAUGGAUGGAGAUCUAGCCUUUUAAAUCCUUUUAGGUAUAUAAGCUAAGGGUAUAUAUAUUUAAGAGGAAUUUACGUAAAUAGCUCUAAACUAUAAUGUCUUUCUCUAAAUAGCACUACAUGUGUUUUUUUUUCAAUUUAACACUUUUAGUCAUUAUUCAAGUAAAUAUUAUUUAUCAUC